AUGCCCCAUCGCCGAUCCAUGAGUCGAGACAGAGGAAGCAGUGAAGGAAGAGCAUCAACUGCCAGCAGCUAUCGGAGCUGGCGGGAAAGAAGUCAACCAGAUAUUGACCCAGGAUACCAUGCACGAUCAAGCAAACAAGACUUAAAUAGCAGGUCUAUGUCACUCUUACGCACCUCGAGUUUUGCGGCUGACAAUCACCAAGAUAGGGAGCCGUCAAUGAGUGCAGAGGAAGGAGAAGAAAAGCCUGAGCAAAGACAAAAAAAUAUAUGUAAGAAAGCGGCUGAAUCGAUUACGCCAAGUGAAACGGGUAGCCUCGACCGGGACUUGAUGAGUAGAACUGAGGCAAGGCGACCGAAUUUAUUAGAAGCUUCGGCGUUACCGCCUCGUCCAUAUACUAGUCGCCACACAUCAGUACGGUUUGAAAUGAAGUCAUUACGAAUGGAGGAAAGUCGUGAUCUUGUCAACUGUGAGGGCGUUGACGAGAGUUCAAUUACGAUAAAGGAUAAUGUGGAUACCCAGAAGCUCGCGCAUUCACGAAUCAACUCCAAUAAGGGAGUUGAAUGCAAAAGAAGCCGAGAAGAGGAACUGAAUAGAAGGACUUCUUGUGCAGUCAUAAAUGAUCCUACAAAGAGAGAGGUUAUUCCAUUGCUAGCGGAUAAAUGUUCGGUCACUACUGAAGCACUUGCUCAUAAUUCCGAAGUUUGCGGCUUUGACAAAACCGCAGCUACAUCGGCAGUGCAUGCUGAUAUGGAAGGGAUCAAAGUUAAAAAGACAGAAGAUAUCGAACUCAAGGACGACGCGAAAUCUAACACUGAAAGUGAUGCUACAUCCCCUUCAAUAAUGAUGAGUACUGUCGAAAUUGGUGACUCGAAAGAUAAUCGACCGAAAGCGCAUGUUUUGUCUGUUAAGACGCAGGGCAUUGAUGACGUUGAAACGGUUGUGCUUGAAGAAAAUUCAUUGUCUGUCACCAAACAGGAAUCUUGUUCAUCUGAUAUAAAUUUUAACGUUUGCAAUAAGCCAAACAAUCUUUCGAUCCGAGAAGAGUUGGACUUGCCUUUUAUUGCGGACGAAAAUACGUCACAAAUGAAAAAGUGGCCUCAACUUGCUCGCAAGAUUACGGAUGACAAGGACGGGAUUGAUCAGAUUGAAAGUGCCACUCAAAGUGAUGCUGCUGCUGUAAGUCCCGCAUCUAAUUGCUUGCGCAAAGCAAACGAUUUGAUCCAAAGAGAAAGGGAUGAUAUGUUGGCGGCGAAUGUAAAAAUGGUUGCUAUCGAAAGGGGUCACGAUGAUUCAAGUAGAACUACAAACACAGCCGAUCUUAUCUCCAAACAAACUAGUAAUGUUGUGUGCAUCGACGGUGAGAACGAAGAAGUUGAGGAGGGCGAGAUGGUUACAGGAAGUAUCACAGCAAACACCGAGGGAACAAUGCAUGGCUUCAUUUGUAAGAAAGAAGAAGGUCAGACGGACGAUAAUUUUCAUGCUUCAUUCGAUGAUGUGCAGGAAAGAAAUCGUCCACAAGAUACUCGAGGUGUCAACUUUUCUCAAACUGUUUAUAUGCGGUCAAAACUCAAGCGGAGUAGAACUGAUCCAUUGUCAAUCGUGUCCGACGGCUUCAGUAAACCUCGAUCGACUUCUUUUUCGUCGAUCAAAUCGUCAAACGUUGACCGAUUCGGAGAAAGUAAGGACACUAUCCAAACAGAGCCAAAAUAUACCCCGAAUAAAUUGCAUGGACAAAGUCAAAAAUUCUCGCCUAAGCAGCAAGGCGAGCUAUCACUUCCUGUUUCCAAAACUUCGCUGAGUUUAAGUGAACAUUCAGAAAGCGAUCAGCUUUUGUCGUUAAAAUCUCAGCACGGUGUGGAUGCCUCAGGAUAUGCUUGUGAAAGUAAAUCGUCCCGCACAAUUGUAUCAACGUCUUUUCGUACACACAUAUUGGAGUCUGACAAAUACAGCGCAAUUGGCCGGCAAAGAUUAUGUAAGGAUAAGACCAUAAGUGAUAACUGCUUGACAAAAAAGCUGAUCGACACGAGUGCCCAACCAUCAAUACAGUUAACUGAACGGGCAGAAGCUUCGAGAGAUAUAAUCACAAACGGUUUUAACUGUCUAGAUUGUGGAGCACGUAAAUCGCAACUGCAGGAAGAGCCACCAGCUCUCCCAAAUAUACCUCUUCCAAGCGCUAAAAUUGAUAAGAAUACAUCAUCCGAUGCCCGUGGAGAUGCAAUUUUGACGAAGCGACAUCGUCCACGUUUGGGGUGGGGACAAGGGCUUAUUGUUCAGAAUUCACCGACUCAGUCCGCAAAGCGACCACGUAUUGGAUGGGGGCAGGGUCUGAUGCAGCAAAAAGACGAUGUAUGGAAUGAGAGUGACAAAACAUCAGUCGCGGCUUUAAAAAGACCUGACGAUUCAAAUGCCAUCACGGUUGAAGAUGAAUCUAUUGUGGGGGCUUCCGUAUGUUUGGCUGUCAGAGGAGAAGGUGCUACAGCUAUGUCUGACGUUGAUUCGUCAAGCGUGGGAUGUGAGUCUCAGAUUGGAUUGAUGUUAAAAUUGAGAGAUGAGAAGCACUUCGAGGAAUCCACCGCUAAACAAUUUAUGACUGAGGUUUUUAAAAAGGCUGACAAACAGAAGACGCAAGAUGUCUGUGAUGUACAAGAAGUCAUAACAUCAACUAAGCCAUCAAAAGAAGAGAUUCUCUCUUCAAUUGACGUUCUCGAUUCCGAUAUCACUAAUGUCAAAAAGCAGCUCAAGGCUCUACAAAGAAUCAUUGCCGUUGCGAAUAUUGAGCAGAAAUUGUCUAUAGAACCUGACUCGGAUAUUAUUUUAGAAAGUCUUGACUCUUCGACCCCAAAUUCUGGCCUAAAUAGCGUAUCAACUAGUUUAAAGUCGAAGAUCAGCUCACCAGAAUCUAUAGCACCUUUUCAAACGAAGGAGUCUUUGGUGAAGGCAGCAGUGGAUUCGGAAUUCGUUGAAAUGCUUGCUGGCAUCUUUUCGGAUAACUUAGUCAAAAUUACUGCAGCUAAUGGGCAACUUCCUAAGCGAAUUGAGGACGGUCAUCUUGCGACCAAGAUUUACCAUCAACCAAGCGACUAUGCAUUUUACCAAAAUAAUCUUAACCGCGGAUCUGCCCUUGCUAACCAAGUUAGAUUGAAGGUGCGAAUGCGAAAUCGUGCUCGUCAUGUUUUUUUUAAGAAACUUGCGCGAGAUUACGUGGAUCUUAAAAAGUCAUGGAAAUUAGGAGUGAAAAAAAUGGAGAAAGAUCGUAAACGGCUAGACAAGUACCGUCACAAGCAGCUACAAAAGCAAAAGCUAAACAGUGCAAGUGAUUGUGGACCAAUUCGAACGACAAAUACUAGUCACCAGAGUCCUCAUGUCCAGCAGUUGGUAGCAGCUGAAAAGGCCGCCGAAGCUGCUUGUGAAAGUACAACGGUGCGAACUUCGUCUCGACUGACGAAUAAUUCUAGCGCUGACUUGGAGAACAACGAUUUGGAAAAAGUCGAACAUGCAAAAGCCCAGGCUAUCCUUGACCAAGAGGUGCGAAAAAAGCGAUUAAAAAAUGCCUUAUCGACCAUCAUACCAGAUAUGCUCAUUAGUUCGUUAGAACGACACCAGAGGUAUUUUUAUCGCUCCGUCAAUGGGCAAAGUUGCAUGGCCGAUGGAUUAGUGGUGGAUUGGAAAUUAAAAGAAAAGGCAGAGAUGAAAAUCAAUCCGUGGAACGAUCUCGAAAAAUGUAUAUACGUGGAUAAGUUUUUGCAGUACCCAAAGAACUUUUCGCGCAUUUCGUCCUACCUGAGCAACAAAACGACGGGCGAUGUGAUAGCCUUUUAUUACCGUACUAAAAGGGUAGCUGACUAUAAAGCGCUAUUGCGAGAGCAGCAAUUACGGCGCCGAGGUGCCGGAUCAAAAAAUACUUGGAGCUGUUGGAAUCUGUCAGCUUGUGCAGCGAUUCGCCUUGGCGUGCAAUUUCCAGAGGUUGUUGCGAAAUUGUUGUUACAUCCUUCGAACUUUAGGUCUCAUCAAGCUUCCGAUAAUAUCCUUAAUUCGUUUGGUGCUCAGCGCGUAUUGCGCGGCCUGGAUACAAAAUCAGUGGCUGGUCGCAGCAUUAAAAGAACUAUAGGCAUUGCUGAAGGGAAGUCUGCUAUUGAUUUGGUGUCUGGGCCAGACCACACUUCAUGCAUUCGCCAGCUAGCGUCAGAAUUGGGAUUGCAACUUGAAGACUCCACCAGCUCUGGAGAUUUCGAUUCUUUGGAUGAGACCAAGUUCAAUCUGUAUACGCAGCAACUCAAACAAUUCGUUGCCGGACAACAGCGACCAUUUUUAGUUGACUAUGCAUCAUUGCUUUCUGAUAAUUCGUACAGCACAGGAUAUGAAGUUUUGACCAUUUCAACAGAAGAACGCUUAAAAAAAUAUCCGGAUUCAAGCACCGAGGUUGAGACUGCCAUCGAUGUAGUCAAGGACAGUAAUUCUGAUGGGCAGUUAGUAGAUUCUACAAAAGGGAAGCAGUGGAGUCAGGCUGUAGGGCUUGGCGCAUACUUAGAAAAGGGUGGAAUUAACAUGACGAAGAAAGAACCAAAACAGCAACGAAAGCCUAAGAAAUUGCAGGAAGGGGCGGCGGAAUUGGCUGGCGCAAUAAUUCCCAUGUCAGGGCAAGAUUCUAUCCAAUUGAGUGGAAAUGUAGGCGGAGAGAAAAGUUUGGGCCACAAUAGGAAAAAAGGGAACUCGGGCACGUCUACCCCGAAUAUUUCGGCAAGCAAUCGCAGCAGUCCUCGUAUAUCCAUUCCAGGCGACUUGCAAGCUGGAAAGAAAUUAAAUCGAGGUGGAGGUGGAACGCCAGUUUCACGUCGGAAUAAUCAUCAGGCUCCAUUGAUUGCCUCCCACGCACCACCUAAUGCACUACUAAAUUCAGCAGGAAUGUCAAUGUCUGUGUCGACAACCGCACCUGGCACAGGGCCAGUACCGAAAAGCGUAUGUGGAAAAAUGACGCCUCAAGUUAGCGCAAAGGCCAUCUCACCAUCGGCAACUGUUGAAGCGAGUAGCGGUAGCUUAAAUGCUGCACCUCCUGCAAAACGUGUGGUGCAAAAGUGGACAGAAGGAGAAAAAGCGGGCUUUUUGACGUAUUUUUCGCAAUUCGGAAAAGACUGGUCAACACUUACAGAGAAGAUCCCAACAAAGACUGCUGCGCAGAUAAAAAACUACUAUCAAAACUACAAAAAUCGACUGAAUCUUCAAGAUAUUUUGAAGCGUCGAAUCGAGUGUGCGGCAGCCAGUGGAGGUAGUACGAGUGGUACGGCAAUAGCUGACAUGGCAAGUGGAAAUGGUUCUGUUUCGCCUCGAUCUGCUGCCGCUGGGCUGAUGAGCGGUUCGCUGAGGCAAAUGGGUCAGUCGGUUGAUUUUCAUGUAAAUAUUUCAACUGGAAUGACAAAUAAAUCAGUGGCAAUCAAUUCAACUGAUCCAAUCAUGUCAUAUCAAGUUGCUCUUACAGCAGCUCAGCCUGGACUUCACGGUGUGAGCAUGCUACCAGAAAUUCCGGUAAAUCAGUACGGGGUGCGGCCUCACCAAGACCAGCAGCAGUCGCAUGAAAUAAUGCAUUCGGUAAGUAAUUCGGAACGUUAUCUGAAGUUACUGAACAUGCAACAUCAACUGCAGCUCAUGCAGCUUCAACAGCAACAAAAGUCUCAAGGAGUGCCCACAGAAGUAACGAAUAACUCUUCGUAUCACGAAAGUCAAAUGAAUACUGCUCAGCAACUGUACCAUUUCUCACGUCUGCAACAGCAGCCACAAGUGCCUUCGCAAUAUGUGUCAGUGCAAGCGCUUCAACAGAUGGGACUCCAAAGUCACACACAAACUUGUGAGCACAGUCAGAUAAUGCAGCUGUCGAAUCAGCAUCAACAGCAAGCGAGAGCUUCGUACGGAGAGGUGAGAAACUCCAACAAUAUUUAUCAAACAAUGCCGAAUCAACAAGUAAUGGGCAAUGCAGCGAAGAUGUCCCCAAUGCACGCUCAGCAGUAUGACAGCCAAUUAGAUUUUAGUAGCAAUGAUGGAACAGAUGGAGGUGCGGUUGUAGCAAAGAGUAAUGUCGGAAUCGAUUCAAACCAGAUGGGAUGUCAUGACAUGGCUCAGCACUCGAUAAUAAAUACGACCAUGACGAACAAUGCUACGAGUGACAAAGGCAAUUUGACUCCGCAGGGUAUUACAACCAAAAAUCCGCAUCAGCCCCCACUCGCUCCCUCACGUUUAGUUUCGAUGGACGCAACUAAACAAGGAGAUGCAAUUUCUCGUUUGAGUACGUGGAGCUCGACAUCGGAUACUAUUAUAUCAGAAGACGUUUCAUCAAACAAUGCAACUCAAACAGCAAUCGAAAAUGGGCGAAAAGGCUGUGCUGCGCUCGUACCACCUGCACCGCCUCUGAUUCAACCCAUGCGCAGUCGCAUGUCAUUUUCAUCCAUUUUGAACGAGUCAGAGUCACCACGGGAUGACUUAACACCUAGAGGCCAAGGCUCGAUGGUUGUUUGCCAGCAAGAAUCACCACACCAGCCGCCUAUGCAGCAGCAAAUGCAACAGCAGAUGCAACAACAUAUGCAACAGCAAAUGCACAAGCAAAUACAGCAACAGCGACAACUUCGCGUCGAUCAUGCGCUCCUAGUCCGACUGCCCAUCUACUGCCUAGGGGAUCUUCUGCUCCGCAUGGCCGCAUAG